AUGAAAGCAGCUGAAAACAUAUGUUCAUGGAAUCAUCAAUAUAAAAGUAAUGACAAUUCACCUUCAUCUGCAAUGAACAAUCUAUCAUUAUCAUCGAAAUUUGCUGGUAAAACAGCGCCCUAUUUAACAUGUACAGAGCGCUUAGCAUGUGACACAGAAAUGUCACCCAAAGCAACAUUUUAUUGUAUACAAUGCAACUCAUUACAAUGUGUUUUAUGUGAAAAAGAUAUUCAUGAAAAUUUUGAUAAUAAAAGACAUGAACGAUUAAAUUUAGACGAAAUCGAUGAUGAAUAUUGUUCUAUUGAUCGAAGUCACGCCGCUGUUUUCUACUGUCCAACUUGUACAUUAUUGUAUUGUUAUUCAUGUUACGAAAAUAAACAUCAAUUUUCCGAUGGAAAAAGUCAUCGACCAAAAAAAUGUAAAGAAGGGCAAAUCUUAACUAUGAAAACGAAUGCUGAUCAGCAUCUCAAUGCAACAAAACCAAUAAAAAUAAAUUCAUCUUCAAAUGUAAAACAACGAAAUCAAAUUCCAAUUCAAUCACCGUGUUCAUUUGAAGAUGUUCAAGUUGAUGAUAGUGAUGAAAAUUAUAAUUCACCCCCUCAGCGUAAAGAAAAUUCAAUCAAAUCAAAAUCCUCAAAUUCUACAAGUAGUCCUUACACUAGCAAUUCUAAUCAUAUACCGAAACAACAUAAUUUAAAUGAGCAGAUGUUACUUGAAUCAAUGUUAGAUAAUGAAGCUGACGAUCAAAAUAAUAAUCAUCAAACUACUAGAAAUCAUAAUCGUCUUUCACAUAAGUCUUCAGCUAAUACUGAUUCAAAUGGAGUCUUUCUAUUAUUGAAUGCGAGUGAACAUCUAACUGUUAACAGUGAAUUCGAUUUUAUUCGUCAAUUUAAAUGUUCACAACAAGAUCCUAAAGUUAAAUGUGUUUCUAUUAUUGGAAAUACAGGAGAUGGAAAAUCAUAUACAUUAAAUCAAGUAUUUUUUAAUGGUAAACAGAAAUUUCAUACAUCAUCAACAACUGAAUCGUGCACUAUUGGUGUAUGGUCAACAUUGGACGAAAAUCAACGAACACUU